AUGCAAUUAAUAGAGAAUAUAAUAGCGAUAAUAGUUGUACUUUCUAUUACAUAUCUUUAUAGAAAGAAACAACAAAGACAACAACAAAGAGAUGACCGUUCUACUUUAAACAAACAAACCAACAACGAAAAUGAACCAAUAGAGAUGAUACAAGCAAAACAAGAGUUUAUAGAUAGAUAUUCAAAUAGUUAUGGUUAUGAUAACACCAUUGAUACAAUCAGAAAUGAACAGUUUUCUCAAUUAAAUGGUACCGUACCGACCGACCAUUUAGGAGAUUGUGUAUAUUUAGAUCAUACAGCAUCAACAUUAUAUUCAAAAACUCAAUUACAAAGAGUAAUGGAAGAGCUUCAAAAAUCAAUGUUUUCAAAUCCUCAUUCACAAAAUCCAAUUGGAUUAAAUACAACAGAACAAAUUGAAUUGGCAAGAGGAAGAAUAUUAAAAUAUUUCAAUGCACCUUAUAAACAAUAUUCGGUGAUAUUCACAUCUGGAUGUACCGAUGGUCUAAAAAAGGUUGGUGAAUACUUUCCAUGGAAAUCAUCAUCUACCUUUUAUUAUUCACUCGAUUCUCAUAAUUCACUUGUUGGUAUUAGAGAGUAUGCAUCUGAAAAGGGUUCAUCAUUUCAAGCCAUUCCAUCUUCUUAUUUUAAGAAAUCUGGAAAUUCUGAUAAUAUAAUCUCUGCAAUUAAAAAUGGUCAAGAAAAGAAUAACCAACAACCAAAUACAUUUGAUUUAUUAGCAUUCCCAGCUCAAUGUAAUCAUAAUGGUUCAAAAUAUAAUUUAGAUUUAAUUUUAAAAGUUAAAAAACAAUUAAAAAAUGUAAAAAUAUUAUUAGAUAUUGCAAGUUUUGUUGGUACAUCUACAUUUGAUUUAACAGAGUAUCCAGUAGAUUUUGCAAGUUUAUCAUUUUAUAAAUUAUUUGGGUAUCCAACUGGGUUGGGAGCAUUGAUUGUUAGGAAUGAUUGUUUUGAUAUCUUGGAAAAGGUGUAUUUUAGUGGAGGAACUGUCAAUGCAUCAUUGGCAAGCGAAAGAUUCCAUGCAUUUAGAGAAAAUAAUUCACAAAAAUUUGAAGAUGGAACUGUCGAUUAUUUGGGUAUAGUCUCAUUAAAACAUGGAUUUGAUAUCUUGGAGAAUCUUGGAAUGGAUAAUAUAUCAAAACAUACCUUUUCAUUGAUUCAAUACGCAAAAGAACAAAUGUCUGAAAUGGUUCAUGCUAGUGGUAUCCCUCUAGUUACAAUCUAUACAGAUAAUCAUUAUCAAUCAUCUCUGGAACAAGGUGGUAUCAUUAAUUUUAAUAUUUCUGGUCCUUCUGGUCAAUUAUUGGGUUUUAAUGAAGUUGAGAAAUUGGCAUCUCUACGUAAUAUUUUUAUUCGUACUGGAUGUUUUUGUAAUCCUGGAGCAUGUCAUGGAUAUCUUGGUUUAUCAAAAAAGGAUAUUAUAAAUCAUCUUGAUAGUGGACAUGUUUGUUGGGAUGAUAAAGAUAUUAUUGAUGGUAAAUUAACUGGUUCACUUAGAGUUUCUGUUGGUUAUAUGUCUAAUUUUAAUGAUAUUUAUGUAUGUCUAAAAAAAUAUAAAAGAAAGUAUAAAAAAUUUUUAAAAUUUUUAAAAGACACAUUUUUAAAUAAUGAUUAUACAUUAUUAAAACCAAUUAAUCAAUCUAAUGUCUCAGACGUUAUGAUAUUGAGUGAAAUUAAUUUAUAUCCAGUUAAAUCAUUUGGACCAUGUAAAGUUGAUAGUUGGGAAAUUGGACCAUCAGGAUUAUUGUUUGAUCGUGAAUGGACAUUGGUAGAUCAAAAUGGAGUGUAUAUAAAUCAGAAAAAGCUACCAAUCCUAUCACUCAUUACAACAAGAAUCGAUUUACAAACAAGAAUGUUGGUUCUAGAGGCACCAGAGAUGAGUACUCUAGAGAUUCCACUCGACUAUUACCCAGUUUCAUCAAUGGAUCUUGUACAGGUUUGUGGUGAUAGUAUCAGCGGACUAUUAUAUGGAAAAGAGGAUUUUGAUAAACUUGGUAUCAAUAUUAGUGAAUGGAUGUAUAAAUUCACUUGUAAAUCUUGUCAUCUUGUUAGAAAAAGUCCCGAUAGUCAUCGUAUCUCAAGAUUAGCUUUUUUAUCAAAUCAACAGCAACAACAAAGUAAUAAUAGUAAUAGUAGUAGUAGUAGUAAUCAACAACAACAACAAUCGCAACCUCAGACAUGUAAAACUAGUAACAACAAGAAUGAGGAAAUAUCAUUUUCAAAUGAAUCACCAUUCUUGUUGAUUAGUCAAGUAUCUGUAGAUGACCUAAGAGAACGAGUUGUUGAAAGAAACAAGGAAACUAGUUCAAGAUCGGAUUGGGCAUGGAUUACAAAUGAAAGUUUUAGAGCAAACUUUGUAGUGACUGGUGGCAAGCCAUACCAAGAAAGUAAUCUAACCGAUUUCAAGAUUGGAUCAUUGUCAUUCCGAUCGAUUGGUCAUUGUAAUCGUUGUAAAAUGAUAUGUAUCAACCAAGCCAUUGGCGUGGAAGAAAGAGAACCUUUGGCUACUCUGGCAACAUACCGUAGAAGUCAAGGUAAAAUUGUUUUUGGUCAACAUCUUCAAUUUUUAAAUGGCGAUGAUGAAAAACAAAAUGAUAAAAUAAUAGUUUCAAUUAAUUCUAUUAUAACUACUAGUACUAUAGUAAAUAGUGAAUAA